GUAGGCCUUUAUUCAGACCGUGGGACAGAACAGUUGGAGCGCAAGGUUGUCUUUUUCAGACGUAUAGAUCGGCUUACGCAAGCUAGUCACAUAGAUUUUGGAUAAAUUAGAUAACUAACGAUUAACUACCAAGUUCACGGAAGUUGCUGUAACUGGGUAACCAGACUACUCACAUGGAAUGAUAUCAUUGACUUGAAACCGUAUAUCACUAUCAAGAUAGGUUUCCAAAUAAAUCAACUGGUUUACAACUCCUCAUCUCAAUGAUAUUGGAUAGUGAAAUUAUAACCGUCUCACUUUUGAUUGGAUUUGGAACGACACUUUUUUCUCUAUUAUCGUCACAUAACUUUAAUGAACCUUAAUUUCUAUUGUCAUGAAUAUUAAUCUGAAUAUUUGCAAUGUAACUAUUACUGGGUUAGCAUUUUUCUUUCUUUUCGCUGCAUUUCAAACAGCGUCCUUGACUGCACAAAAUGUUUUGGAAGCUGUCUCAAAACAGCGUAACAACAGUUUUGAUGGCACAGGUUACACUAGCUUAGCAAUUGUGUAUAUCUCAUUUGGUUUAUUCAACUGGUUUGCACCAAUUGUUGUAAUGUAUCUGGGAGAAAAAUAUUCUAUGAUCGCUGGUUCAUUUUGUUAUGCUUUAUACAUUGCUUCAUAUAUUGAACCCUUUGAGUGGAGCCUGUAUUCGGCAUCUUUGGUAAAUGGAAUCGGUGCAGCAGUGGUCUGUUUGAUCCCUCUGUUUAGUGUUGUGGACUGCUCAAGGUGCAUUCAUUACCGAUUGUUCUACCAAAUCUAAUUUAAAUCAACAUUUCAGUCUGUUCUGGGGAUUAUUCCAAGCUAAUCAAAUAGUCGGUGGUUUGUACGCUUACCUAUCACUAUCGAAUAUAGAUGAAAUCUCUCGCACAUUACGUAUUCGGCUUUAUGGUGGAUUGUUGGGAUGUGCUAUUUUUGGAAUUUUAUUAUUAUUCACGCUGAGAAAGCCUCAUAAAACAGACAACAUUUCACACCAGCAGUUAAUUAAUAUGGAGAUGAAUUCCUCUGGUGAUAACUUGAGUGAAUUAACUCCAGAUUACUCAACAAUACAAAAUCGUUCGACAGUUUUUCAGUCGACUUUACACUCUUUACGUAGGUCGGUUAAAAUUCUAAUCACAAGACCAAUGAUUUGCAUUCUUGUGGCAGCAGCAUUUACUGGUAAGUUGGAAUAAAAUUAAUACCUUAAUUGUUAACUAAAUUUUUCUUGUUUCAUAUUUUUAUGCAUUACCGCCUGUUACUUACUAUUUGUAAGUAUCUAAAAACGUUUUUAAAACCUUUUUAAGCUUUGGAAAUUUCUCUGCCAGUCUACGUGUUUGUCUUCCUAUUUAGAUCUGUUGGUUCGUCCUUCCAUUUACAACUGAAUAUCUUGAUUCCCUUCAUUAAAUAUGUAUGAUUCUUUUAUGUUUUGGAACAUAGCAAAAUCUGGAAAGUAUUUCAGAAAGAUCAACAAAUUUUAGUCGACCAUAUCCAAUAGAAGCUAAUGACAUUCCGAUUGUUCCUGUUGUUGUAUUAUUUUAGUUAAUCACUAGUUCAAAAUGUUUAUAACGCCAGAAUACACAGAGUGAAAUCUCUUUAGAUGACAUAACAAAAAGACUAUGGAGGCCCAUUUUGGGCCCUACGUGAUUCUUUAUACCUGUACAUCUAUAACUCCUGUCACUCUGUAGCUAUGUCUAAUAUUCGGUUAACAGUCAGACAAUUGUUAACAACAUUCCUAGUUCACUACAUCUAGUUUAAACGUACUAAGUGCGGAAACAGACAACACCCAAGUUAUUCUCGUAUUGCAUCGUACACGUUAAUAUUUCAUAGUCAUGUGACUUAGGCAUUAAUCAGGAUUUCUUUUGAAAACCACCUAACCGACGGUCACAAUUUACGGUUUCUAAUAAAAUGCAUAUUACGAGCUAACGAAUCGUACUACUAAACAACCAUAGUAACCCUAACACUGGCUAUAUUGAUUUACCAGUUUCACUUACCAAAUCAGAGUGGUUGAUAUCCUUGACGCUUAUUCCUCUUGUACGAAGUCUCCACUAUAAAUAAACUUAACAAUGACACAUAAUUAAAUUAUGAAUACCCGAUAUCUGGAUGUUUCACGUAUGAUAUUAUUGCCCUUCCAGGAUUGCGUAAACUAAUGAUUUCAAUUGUAUGAAUUUCACUCAUCUAUUCUCACUUGACCAGUCGUUGUGUAAGGAUGUGCUGAGGCAUUACUGAUUCUUAAUACUUUAUGCGCCUUCAGUACCUUAGUUCAGCCUUCCUCCUCUGCAGUCACUCUGUGAUUACUUGCCUGUCAUUAUUUCCUGAAACAUUAUGCUGUUAUCAGUGGUUUUUAGGUUGGUUUAUAAAUUUUUCUUUAUUUGUAUCUUGUCCUAUCACCAACCUUAUAAGUUCGUAAUAGCACCAUAGUGAAAUCACCAAACUAGGUGUCAUUAUUAGUAGAAACACGAUAUUAAAUUCGGCUUCACACCAUCUCCCAUGUAGUCAAAUCAAAUUUCGUGAAGCGCCGUUAAUAGUUGAAGGAAUUCACAUCGAUGGGCUUCUUUAAUAAAAUGUUUUUAUCAAGUGCGUAAGUUUCUUGUUCAACUGUCGACUUUUGUAUUUAUCAAUUAAAGUAAACAUUUAGAUAUUGUUUGCCACUUGACAAAUCAAAAUAUUGUGUUUUUAGGAGAGAAUUUAUCAUGCAGAGAAUUAACUUAAUAACCAAAUGAAAAUUCUGAGAAACGUUUAACAUAAUACAGUUGUAGCAUUCCGGCCAAAUAUUCUAGGACUUUAGGAUCAAACGCAGAUGAAUUUCAACCAUGUUGGGAGUAAGUUAUUCGAAUAGUAGUAAACACAGUGAAUUAACUCAAGUUGAAACUAUAGAGUUGGUUUCCGAUUCAGUGAUUUAAAAAUGACUCACUCUCUGUGAAACUCCAAGGUCCUGAAUUUGAUAUCCGUCAGGAUCAUGGGUAUACAUUCAUUGCUGAAUAGGGAAUCUUCUCCAGUCACCUACUGCAUGAAAGCAAGACUAAAGGAUAGAAUAGUUGUAAAAGUAUAGUCUUUGAAAGAUUUUCAUAUGCCAACUUCUAAAACCAUAUGUUACUACACCAUCGCUUUUGUGUCUUCAGCUUGAUUGUAUUCACAACUGAAAUCUAGCCAUCAACCGACAUUCCCUCUGAGAUGUUUUGCCAAUAUUCUACGGUCAACAUUAAAAAUGUAAUUAGAGAUGCCUAUUUAGCAUUUUUCCCUUAAAAUACCUUCAAUUUAUCGUACCAUAAUCUGAAAUUAUUUUAGGUAUUAAUUUGACGUUCUAUUCAAGUCUAUAUGCUUCUGCGUUAGGACAUUGUUUACAUUUCGGUAGAAAUGCAAAGUCUUAUAUUGGAUUAGCUGGCCUGUUUAUUGGGAUUGGAGAAAUUGUCGGUAGUUUCUCUUCACAUUUAACUCGGUGGAUUCGUUUAGAAGGAGUUCUAGUUAUUUUUGGUUACAUCAGUGCAAUUGUAGCUGGCUAUUUCACUUUCAUGAUGUUACCGACAAACAGUUCUAUAAAAGAUACGGAUGAACUGUCUUAUAUUACUCCUAAGCAAGUUCAAAUUAAAUUCACUAUAGUUUUUUCUUGUCUUUUGUAAGUUAAUCCUCUUUACCAACUGACUACCAGAUGAAGACCAGUGACAUUUUAAUUGACUGAAUUCUUUAAUUAAUCAAUGCAAUUUCAUCGCUGAGCUAAAUAAAAACGACGUAGCCGUUUACGUUGUUUCGGUUUGAAUUUGUGUCAGAAAUGUUCAGAAAGUAGUCGGUUUGUACUUCAUGCUCAAGCUCAUUAAUAUCUGUUUGUAGCAUUGAGAAAAUCUCUUUUCAUCGUAGUAUCUUUGAUUUUGGCGUCAGUGUGACACUAAGAUUAUUUCUCUGCUCAAAAUUCUUACCACCAGAAGCUAAUUAUAAAAAUGACAAUGAAAACCAUCUACACACCUUGUUCACAAUAAUGUUCGCUUGUGAUGAUGCAACAUAAUGGAAAUUACGAUAUUACGUAUCGAAUACAAAAGUUCAUUUAUCAGUUGGUGUUUCGAGACUUUAUCGAAUGUGCUACACGUGUGCGACUUCUAUCUAUCUUAGUGUUUUAUGUCACUUAGUGCAAGUAUUACGUGGUUAGACGUCAUUUUUUCAAAUCACUUACUGCCAGACCAAAGAUACAAGUUUCUUGGUUGAGUCGUACAGAACCAUAGUGACAUAGUUCAUAUUCCAUUCAUUCGUAAACUUUUUCUGAAUUUUGAAAAAUAACACUAUUUCACAUUUCAUUUUCCGAUUUCAUCCAUUUCUUGUAACCAUAAUUUCCAUCUACCACUGGGUCAAUUCUUUUACUUUUUGAGUCCCAUUACUCUCCUAACUGAUUAUGUAAUUCAGAUUUCCUUUUAUUCUACUUGGAAUAAGACGACGACAUAACAUAUCAGUUAUUUCAGGCUGUCACAGUAAAAUUCAGAUUGUGGUAUUGAAUCUCUGUCAAAUAUUUGUCGUAAGACUAUUUUCCACAUAGUAAAUCGUUAGUGAGUAGUUCGUGUAUUCUACAACGUGCAGUUAGCCAUAAUGAAACAUUAUGGAAUCAGGUGAUGACGUGCAUAUCUUGUUUUUAACAUAGUCCAGUCGAAUUUUGACGUAGAAAUAGUUAACUUGUUCAUAUCUUUUUAUCAGUGUCUAUUUGGCUAUGCUCAUAGCAUUUUUGUUUGGUGGUGUGGAUUCCGUGUGGAACACACAAAUUUCUACUUUAAUUGGUUUCAUUUAUGGUGAACAUGGAAGGGAUGUUACAGUUGGGUUUGCUUUAUUCAAAUCUGUUCAAGUGAGUAUAUAUGUACAUACUUUUGUCUAACUAUUAAGGCUAUAAAAUACAUAAUUUAUUCCUUAUUCUUAUAACUUUUUCCCCUGUCAGUUAUCAAGUGACAAAAUCAUCUAUCAGAAUACCGACUUAUAUGACCUUGUUCUUGUGCUAAACCAGUGGCACGUCAACCAGCACUAACAGCCUUGCGUCAAUUCUGAAUCCUUAUUAGUCCUUCUCGCUCAGCCCUCCCCAUUGAGUUCAGAACGCAACCUCAGUCUCCACUGUAUGAAUAAUAUGUUUGAAACAUACGUAAUUUAUACAUAAGUAAACCGUAUAAAUAGCAACGAUACAAGAUGAAGCCAAAAGUGACUGUGAGUGUGAGAGACUGUAACUAAUAUAUUGGGAAUAACUUGGGAAUAUAAAUCGUAUAAUAGUAGCCAAGAAAUCAAAUGAAAACUUAUAAUAAGAGAAAUAUAAAUUGUAUAUAAUCUAGUUACUUAGUAGUUAUAUUAUAAGAAUAUAUAUAUAACAGUCCCCGAUAGUUACCCAUAAUACAAUCUUCUUCCAAUACAACACUCAUUGUAGCGUAGUAUACCUGUAAUUUGGUUAGCCAUGUAAGUGGUGCCUGGUUGUCUACGUAUUUUGUCGUGUGACCACACUGUAUUGUUUUUCCUUGGCAUUACCCUUUCACCAUUAUGUUUAACCUGCAAAAAAGGAUAACUUGAGAACUAGGUGUAUUCCAGGACAACUGUUUACAUAAAAGCUGCAUAUUGGACCUUUUGAAUUCGCCUAUCAGCGCUAGUUGUUCGGAAAUGGAUCAGUCAUCAUACUCUGAACACUAGUACCAAGAAUGCAAGUCACUUCGUUAGAGGUCAAUCUAUAGUGUAAUUCUUUACUGCGUGCACAAUGCAGUUCACGCUCGAUUUUAUUAAAAUAUCGUAAACUUAAGUUAUUUCUAACUUGACUAAUAUACGUUAGAUUAUAACCAUACACAUCCUGUAAACUACUGUGCAAUGCUUCCUUUAAAUAAUAGGCAGUAUGAACAUUUAGUCCUACUAAGGAUUCGCUAGUUAGGUUUACUCAAGAGCCUACUAAGUUAAAAUGAUCGGUUCGCAACAGAUGUUGCUGAUUCAUAAGUCAUUAACAGUUUACUUGUUAAUUACUGAUGAUUAAACUCUAAUGUAAACAAGAAUCAACCCCUUCUGACAAUCUGAAGGUAAUAUAGGAUCUGUACAAUUUUUCUUCUUACUCAUCCAAAACCUAUAUAUAUAUAUAUAUAUAUAUAAUGUUUAAUACUUUUUAUUUUAUACUGUUUCUUUUUAGUCUAUCGUAUCGGGAAUUGCUUUUGUCUAUAGCACUUACCUACUAUUACACUGGCAAAUACUCAUUUUUGUUGUAAUGGCUACUAGUGGUUUGUAUUGCCUACUCAGUGUCUAUUGGUCACAUCUAUCUCGCUCAGUAAAUUUGAUCGCCUAGACUGAACGAGCUUCUCCAUGCUAAUGUAACAAAACAUUAACACCUCAGUGCUCAAUAUAAAGUUAACUGUGAUUACUCUUGAAAACCAUCUUGUCGUUAUUACUUAUCCUUUUCUAAAUUGACAAUGUUGAAGAAUUGUUUGCAUAGGAAAUUGGCUUUUGUGCACAUUUUCUUUCCUAUGUUUUUUUUAUUUAUUCAGUUUGUUCUCAACUAUCGAUGAAUUUUAUUGCAAUCACGAUUAAAAAUCAUUACGACUUAGUGUGUGUAAUUCGUCUCAAUGAUGGGAGUGUGAUCUGCGUACUUACUUAUUUCUUUGACAAGUAAUACACUGACAAAUUUUCUUCAAGUAAAAGUGCCACUGUGGCACUAACUGAAAUAUCAUCCUCUUUUUUAGAAUUAAGAAUCACAUGAAGGAAGAGUUUAAAACCAUAAGUAUUCAUGAAAUCCCUAUUCCUUAGUAAAGAAUAAUUCAAAAGAAAUUCGUUUAUGAAAAAUGUGAACAAAUUGUAAAGUUCGCAAUCUGUAAACAUUAGCAUGCAAACAUGCACUGGAUAUUUUGAGACUAUUUAGCCAAAAAUAUUAAAGAAGUCUUAAAUGAUAACAAUCAGAAUUAUUGGUUUUGGACCCUCGUACCGUGUUUCAUUCGUUAGGAAAAUUAUUCGAAUCGCGUUUAACAGAAUGUAAAUUUGUAACCCACUAACCAAAGUUGAACGGCUAAAUUAAUGAACAAAAAACUCCAUGUGUUAUGUUUGUAGUAUUACUGCGUCAUUUGAGCAUUAAACCAAGAAGAUUCUUUUAAGUUAUAAUCAAGAUAAGAUCUAAACGUUCAGAUUCUCCAAAACUAAUGGAGUCCGAAUGCCUAGAAUAUCACACACAGCUACACUAUUUUACGAUGAAGCAAAAGUAAUUUAUAUCCGUUUUGUGGAUUAGAUGAAUAUUCCAAGAUGCUAGUGUUGAUUUAAAGCUAUAAAAAAGAAAUUAGACUUACAUAAACCAUUACAUUCUAUACGAUCGUGCUUGCGUUCACAGACAAGACAAUAUUUCACAUGCCGUGAUGGGUGAUUGAAUAUGUUUUUCUACUUGUGUUGACCACGGUCAAUGACAACAUAGACGGAACUAGUUAGGAAGCACCGUCUAAACUUACAAAACCCAUAUCUCAAGAGUUAUGUUUUAACCACAUAUUUAUGUUCACUUUUACACGGAAUAUAUUACAUUUUAAAGUUUGUUUGGUUGAAAGCUUUUUUUUCUUUUGACAUCUGCCCAUUUAGGAGUUCUCAUCAAUAUUCGUACAUUCUCAAGCAACAACCAUUCAACUACUUUACACCUCAUCUAAACAAUCUAUCACGUCUUAUCCUCUAUGUUAAUGUUACUGUCUAUAAUACUUUUCUAUUUGAGGUAUGUAAGAUUAUGCAAACUUAUUCAGAAUUAGGAUAUUCAUUCAGUUGUACUAACUGGAUUUAAAUUUUCUCAACUGACAGAAUUCUGAGCCAGUAAUAAGCUAGGAUUGGUCACUUAACUCAACAUUUGAGAGGAUGUAUCGAAUAAGUAAAACUGGGUCACCGGUAGAUUUCGCGUUGUAGCGGUAAAUAAAUCCCCAAAAUGAAUAGCACUAAGUUUUCGACAUUGGAUGCUGACCAUAUGUUUUAGUGGACUCACCUAGCUGAAGGCGCUCGGUCAGGCAUCCGCACCAGAUCACGUGUGGUAACGCCGUGCUCAACAUCAACCGCAAUCGUUAGCCAGAUUAGAUCAGAGAAUUCCGAUAUAUUGGUCAUCGCCAAAUAUACUCUUCCGAUCUCCUCGACUCUGUCUUUUGAUUUCUCUGGGUGGGAACGAAAUAUAUUAGAAGGUGUUACUGGUAGAAGCGUUGUCAAACACUGAAUACCUGUGACAUCAUCAUUGGUGAGACUGACGUGAUCUGGUACACCUAAUUGCAACUGUGAGUCUGUUCCUUUUUGGGAUUUUUAUAUAUCAUUGCCUUUAUUUUUUUUUAUUUUUUUUAAACAUUGUGAUUUUUUUUUCGUGUUUUUUCUUGGAUAUAUAUAUUUUUUCCCCUCGUUCAUUAUCGUACUUCAUACUUCAUCAUGACUGAACAGACACCUAAAGUACUCAAGCUUAAGACUUUGUCCCCGCCUUCGUUUCAACUGAUGCCUUUCUGGCCCGACAACAUCGAAGCCUGGUUUUGCUACGCAGAAGCCGACUUCUACGAGCACGGCGUGAUCGACACACGUGCACAAUUCCUCGCAGUAGUCAAGGCACUACCGCGCGAAUUCAACAGGUACGUAACACCUGGUAUGUUUACUAGUGAUGUUUCCGAUCCUUACGAAAUCUUAAAACGCUCGAUUCUUAAACGAGGAGACCAAACCGAUCGACAAAGGUUAGAUCAACUCUUCAACAAUAUCGACCUGCAACACGGUUCUGCGACAGACAUGUUGCAACGGAUGAGAGAGGUUAUAGGCCCAAGAACUUUCGACGAAGGUCUAUUCAAACAAUUCUUCUUGUCAAAACUCCCUCAACAGGUGCAAGCAGUUCUGGUCUCGUUCCAGAACAACGCCUUAGACGAGCUAGCUGCAUCUGCCGACCGCAUUUUAGAAAUUACGAAAUCUACUACCGAGGUAUUUUCAGUCAAAGAAAAACCUCAAGCGACUCAGAAUGAUAUAACCGACUUAUGUCACACACUCACGCGUUAUCUUAGUCUUCGUACCGACCGUAAGAGACCGCGCACACCACGUAGAAACAUUUCUCGUAAGCGAUCUGUCUCUAGACCACGAGAGACAUAACCCCGACUGGUGCUGGUAUCAUAACCAGUAUGGAAAGUUUUCCAGAAAUUGCAGAAAACCCUGCAAUUUUCCCAACACGAAACCGACUGAUUCGAAAAGCAAUUCGGGAAACUUCCAAGCCGGCACGCGUUAACGGCAACCGUAGCCGGCGAACAAAGCCGUCUGUUAUUCGUCACAGAUGUGACAACGAGAGUUCGCUACCUCGUCGACACUGGCGCAGAAGUUAGCGUUCUCCCAGCGAAUCCCAACGAUCUUCUUCAAGAAUCGGCUCUAAACUUACAGGCGGCAAACGGAAAACCGAUCGCUACGUAUGGCAAAAGGUACGUUUACCUUAACGUGGGUUUACGCAAACCCAUACACUGGAUUUUCGUUGUUGCAGAUGUUUCUAUACCAAUCAUUGGUAUGGACCUUCUACAACACCACAAUCUGAUCAUCGAUACGCGCAAACGGAGGCUAGUAGACGGGAACACUAAUUUGUCCGUUUGCGUAACUUCUUUUACUGGUUGUAGAGUAUCCCCAGUCACAGUUAAACAUAUGAUAGACCCACUCUAUCAACCACUACUCGAUAAGUACCCUGGGAUACAACAAACUCAACCGAAACUACCAUGUGUAACCAGCAAUGUUACACAUCACAUCACGACUAC